GCAAAUAAUAUUAAGUGAGAUCAAUUCACAAUUUAUUGCUACUUGUUUCAGCUGAAAAGGACAUCAGAAAAGGGAGGUUCAUGCAAAAACAAUGGUAGUACUCGUGGACUAAAUUGCUGCCUUCCUUUUUCUCUAGGUCGAGAAGCUGGAUACGAUUUUGCUCAAUUCUCAAACGUUGGUGAUAUGUGUGGCUAUCUUUUCUUAUCCCUAGCAACAAUGCUUGAUUUCUUCCUAUAAGCCCUUCCAGUUAUAUAAGACACUUUCCCACUCAACUAUCUUCCAUUUACUAGAGUUUCUCUGCUACUUGAGAAACAUGGCCGAACAAGAAAAUGGCUUGCAGGAAGAACCACAGUGGCUAGAGCUAAAGCUUCCACAUGUAUUAUAUACUGAAACAGUUCAGGAACUCCAUGCAACAAUUCAGAGUGAGUGGGAUUCUCUCCGACAGUCAGCAUGUCAAACAGCAGCCGGAAGAGCCUUGUGGAGACAUGUGAUUCAUGACCCGCUUGCAGACUUGCUAGCAGGAGAGACGCACCUCAAAAGCUUUCAUCAGAAGAUAAAGAAUGACUGCCUCAACAAUGCUCGAGAAAUUUCAGGAGUGAUUCUUGCAGUUCGAACUCUCUGGUUUGAUUCAAAACUUGAAGAUGCUCUCAAUUCCUUCAAUGGAGAAGCACAAGUUGUUCUCCUUGGUGCAGGAAUGGAUACAAGGGCAUACCGUCUUAGCUGCUUGAAGGAAAGUAGUGUCUUUGAAGUUGAUUUUCCUGAAGUCUUAGAAGUGAAAACCGCUCUUCUAGAAGCAGCAAUGGAAUCAAUAGAUGAAUACGAACAACCAAAAAUGAUAGCAAAAUCCCUGAACAGAGCAGCAGUUGACAUUAGAAAUAAUGAUUGGCUUGAAAAGCUUCAGAUAUCAGGGUUUAUGCCAGAGAAGAACACAGUUUGGAUUCUAGAAGGCAUCAUCUACUAUCUUUCUCACUCCCAAGCCAUGCAAGUACUGAAGAUUAUAGCUGAAAACUGUGCCCUUGCCCACACAGUGCUCUUGGCAGAUUUUAUGAAUAAACCAUCCACCAAUCUGUCCAAUUCCAAUUACCACUUCUAUAGUGAUUGGCCUGAUCAUCUACUUCCAUCUCUAGGGUUUUCCCACGUAAAGCUUUCACAGAUUGGAGACCCCGAUGCUCAUUUCGGUCUCAUGAAUGAUCCAUUAAAUAUGUUCAAUAAGCUCCGCAACUUGCCAAGAUCAAUGCAGACCUACCCAGAUGAUGGAAAACCUUGUUGUCGUUUGUAUUUGGUGCAGGCUUCUGGCGUACCCAAUCAAACUCACCAACACAGAGCAAUUUGAUUGUAUUGUAGAAUACAAGUUCCACAUUCAAAUAUAACAUAAAUAUAUGUAGUCUGCAGAAAUCUACAGGAAUACAAACUGCAUUUUUUAAAC